AUGGCUGAAUCUGUUCCUACAGGAUUGAAGUUGGAGUCCAUUAGGAAAUUGGCUGGGCAUGAUGUGGCUUCUGGAAAAGAUGGAUUACCAUGUGGCUCAACAUCAUCAGUUGCUUUUCACGGGAUGCUACUUCUAAUACCAAAGAUUAUAAUGGAUCCUUCACACAAUUGGAUGAUCAUGGUUAUUUUCAAGCACAUGGAUCUCAUAUGUGUAUCGGUUGAUCACAUCAGGGAUGCAAUCAGACAAUGGAUCACUAGUCUAUUAUUUACCUGCUAUAAUCCAUAUGCUUCUGGGGCAGUGGUUGGGGUAGAUGGGCAAAGUGUUGGUCAACAAGCAUAUUUUUCUUCACCUGGAUACCUUCCACAUCCUGUUUUCUAUGGAUCAGAAGCCAUGCCUUGCUAUUCAUGGGAUUCAGCAUAUUUUAGUGAUGUCUCAAAUGGCAAUACUGGUUCUCAAAAUGGAAAAUAUGGAUCAGCUUCCACUUUUGCCAAGUCCAGUGUUUUUAACUCUUUGAAGUCUAAUGACAAUACCGCUGGCAAAUCCUCUAAGUCUACAAAUACACAAGCAAUCAGACCUUUAAACAAGGUGUCUGCAUUGGGUUCUGAUUUCUCAGCAGGUCUCUCGAAAGGAUACCAUCCUGUAGGAAAUUUGCCUCCUUUUUCUAUCCAAAAACAUGGUCCAUUCCCGCAUAAUUGUCUUAUGACCUAUAGACAGAACGGAAGGAUAUGGAAUGGAAAUGAUAGAAAUAAAUCUGGAGACAGAUUCUAUAAAAACAGUGAUUUUGAAACCUCAAAUGAACUAACUUCUGGUCCUAGGGGCUCUAACAAAUUUCCUUCUCUGGAGACUGCUGUCAAGGAAGACUUGGGAAUCACUGUACAAAGAGAUCAGUAUAACAAACCAGAUUUUGAAACUAAGUACGCAGAUGCUAAGUUCUAUGUUAUCAAAUCUUACAAUGAAGAUGACAUUCAUAAGAGCAUUAAAUAUGAUGUAUGGGCAAGCACUCCAAAUGGAAAUAAGAAGUUAGAUGCAGCAUUCCGUGAAGCAGAACAGAGAUCUUGA